AUGGCGAUGGCAGAGAAAAAAAAUGAGUACCCACCAGGUGUCGAGGCUGAUAGAAAAUUGCUUCGCUUUGAUACUUGGGAAGAUUAUCUGGAUUCGCUUAUAGAAAUUGCUGACCUUAGAAAUUUGAGGAGUAUUGCUUCUGCUCGGACUAUUGCUGCUCUUGGAUACAGAGCUUAUGGAGAUACAUUAGCUGAAAAAGAAUUUUACAAGCGUCGAGCUGCCAUUCACGAGAUCGUGUUUCCUAAAGGAAAGCCGUACGUCCUGGUUAGUGAAGGAGCAGACUUGGAGGAUUCUUUCAACAGAGAACUGGCUGUGAGAGAACGAGCUAACAGAGUAGGAAUCCUGCAGUCUAUAAUCUUCAUCCGUCACUACACAAAAGGGGGCUUCGAGAUAUCAGGGUACAUAGACUACGCUCAUAGACUCAUCUCUGAGAACUGGACAGCAUUCUUCAAGCAAGGCAAAACUCUUUGGCCAAGAGACAGUGACCUUGGCUAUUAUCAUUGGCGUCAUGGAACAGUUAGAAGCAAUAUUAGUAGGAAUUACAAGCCAGUAAUGGAUCCAGACAGAGGUCUUCUCUUCCAGAACCGUCACGACCAUAAAAUCAUUUGUCCAGAUCCCCAACAAGAUCCGGGUCAGAAUACAACGAAGCAACGUGUUUACUCGCCCAAAUAUACGCAAAUUGAAAUCUAUGAUCAUGUUGUCAGAAGAAGAAGCUGA